CUCGACGCACUGAGUGAGUACAGCCAUGCCGGGAUCUUCACGCCUGCCUGUCAGUCUCCGCGAGACAUUCAAUGCGCGGAGGAGCUCUCCACGCGGACAGCUCGUCGCCCUCAAUGUCGAUGUUUUGCGAAACAUAAUCUUCAUCCUCUUCCUGCUCCGCUGGACGCGCAAACUUUUCUACCAGCUCAAGGGCCGCGGCAUCACCGGUUCUGUCGCCGACAUCUACACCAACACGCGCCGCGUUCUCUAUGGCAUCUUUCUCGGUCUUCCUGGUGUGCGCACCAAGGUGCAAACACAAGUCGCAGAAACGAUUUUGAAGUUGGAGCGAAAAUUGGUGCCCUCUGGACCCGGUGUCGAGAGGACAGUUGCUCUCCCCGCGGAAGGAUGGUCGGCAGAGCAGGUCCGCAAGGCGCUGGAGGAUCUGGAGAAUAUGGAGCACACCAGGUGGGAAGAUGGCAGGGUCAGCGGUGCAGUUUAUCAUGGAGGUGAUGAGCUCAUCAAAUUACAAACGGAGGCAUUUGGCAAAUUCACCGUCUCAAACCCGAUUCAUCCGGAUGUCUUCCCUGGCGUUAGGAAGAUGGAGGCUGAGAUCGUCGCAAUGGUCUUGUCACUGUUCAAUGCCCCCGAUGGCGCUGUAGGUGUCACCACCAGCGGAGGAACUGAGUCUAUCUUGAUGGCAUGCUUGAGCGCACGCAACAAAGCCUACCAGGAGCGUGGCGUGACCGAACCUGAGAUGAUUCUCCCAGAAACUGCACACACGGCCUUCCGCAAGGCAGGCGAGUACUUCAAGAUCAAGAUUCACCUCGUAUCAUGCAAAGCACCUUCGUACAAGGUCCACCUUCAAUCUGUCUCGCGCCUUAUCAACCCCAACACAGUUCUCCUCGUAGGCUCGGCGCCAAACUUCCCUCACGGCAUUAUCGAUGAUAUCUCCGGUCUCUCACGCCUCGCCCACAAGAAGAAGAUUCCCCUUCACGUUGACUGCUGCCUUGGCUCGUUCCUGAUUCCCCUGCUUGCGAAGGCGGGCUUCGAAUCUGAAACUUUCGACUUCAAACUCAAGGGCGUUACUAGCAUCUCCUGCGAUACGCACAAGUAUGGCUUUGCCCCUAAGGGCAACAGCACAGUUCUCUACCGAUCAGAUGAGUACCGCAAAUACCAGUAUUUCAUCUCUCCUGAUUGGUCUGGUGGCGUGUAUGCGUCGCCUAGCAUUGCCGGAUCCCGACCAGGCGCGCUCAUUGCAGGUUGCUGGGCCUCUCUUGUCAAGCAGGGCGAGAACGGCUACAUCGACGCAUGCCACAAGAUUGUUGGUACUAUGAAGAAGAUCGAGUCUGCUAUCCGCGAGAACCACUCUCUGUCUACUGACUUGAGGAUUAUUGGCCGCCCCUUGGUCUCCGUUGUUGCCUUCCACUCCCCAACGAUCAACAUCUACGACGUCGCGGACGCCAUGGGUGAGAAGGGAUGGCAUCUCAACGCGCUGCAAAGCCCGCCAGCUAUCCAUAUUGCGGUCACGCUGCCAAUCGUCGCAGCAGUUGACCAAUUGAUUGCCGACUUGGUCGAAGUCGUCGAGGACGUCAAGGAUAAGGAGAGGAAGAGGAUCGCAGAGGGCAAGGGUGCGAAGGGCCAGGCCAUGGGAGAUUCCGCUGCGCUAUAUGGUGUUGCAGGAAGCUUGCCCAACAAGAGUGUUGUCGUGGACCUAGCCAAGGGUUUCUUGGAUACGUUGUACAAAGCUUAGAAUGCAUAUUCAUAUGGGGAAAGGAGAGAGAGUUGUAGUUUGAUAGCGUUCGUUCAUCUCCCUAAAUACAUUUAACAUUGACAAAUCAUUUUGU